AUGGUGCUGGAACGGCGGAGAUUUCUUCUCUAUGCCCACGCUGAGCUCGAGGAUGGAGGAUGGAGUAAAAACGUACUAUGCUGCAGCACAAAAUCAACCGAUGCUGGUAUGAAGAUGACAGCGAGAAAAAGCUGCGUUAAAAAUCAAAUAGUUUUUUGGGUCACAGUCGUGAAAAGCAAGCAACAUUCUUCAACAGAAAAUCAAUAGGUUUAUCGCGAGCAGUUUUUCGUUUCGCGAGUGUUGUAUCUAGGAAUGAUGAUGUGAGUAUGUAUACAUUUUCGUUUGGUUUCCGUUUAUCAACGUUUCGUGAUCCUGAAAGAGAGAGGAUUGCAUAAUAGGCCCCGAAUGUACAAAAUACACGAAAAGUUGUUGCUGUAGGAUUUUCUAUAAAUGUGCAUACUGUUACACAGUUCACAGUGACAUCAAAGUUUCUGGCCGGGGUGUUUUCCGUUAUUUUAGUGAGCAUUACAUACUAGUUUAUUUUUAUUAUGGUACAACAAGUUGAUGUCGAUCUCGAUACUCAAAUGGCUGCAAAUAGCCGCAAGAACGAGGCUAAGACAAAAGACACGACUCCCGCAAUCGAGUUUUUACUCUUUAUUUUUAAGUGACUUGGACGAAGACGAUACGAAGAAA